AGGGAGCUGACGCCUUCCUACCAGCUGCUGGUCCGAGCGGUGGACGGGGGAGAGCCGCGACUGACCGGCACGCUGACGGUGAACAUCGAGGUCCUUGACGUCAACGACAACGCCCCCGUGUUCGACCGCUCCAGGUACGCCGUCAACGUGUCCGAAGGGAACGCCGUCGACUCCGUUGUGGUGGCGGUCAGGGCCACCGAUCACGACACGGGUCUGAACGGAGCCGUGACCUACGUCCUGCCCUCCACGCAAGAAGAUCAGGUCGUGUUCUCCAUGUUUUACGUCAACGCCAGCACGGGCGAAGUGCGGACUCUGAAGCCACUGGACACCUACGCUGGACGCACCUACAGGUUGGUGGAAGACUUUUUUUUUUCCUUGCUGGCUUUUCUCUUUCGCAAACAACUUUUAUUUUCGUACCAAGUCACGAUUAAUAUAAAUAAAGCGUACACAUUGUGGAUUGUUUUUAAGGACGUAAUAUACAAAGGUCCUAUCCAUCCAUCCCUGGGGCGCUACAGCACAUGUAGGGCUUUGGCCUGCCUCACUACUUCCUUCCACUCAGACCUAACUAAUGCUUUUCUUUUCCACGCUUGGAUUUUCAGCUGUUGUAGAUCGUUUUCCACAUCAUCCAUCCAUCUAAGCCUAGGUCUGCCUUUGAGCCUUUCCUCUGGGGUAUUGGUGAUGCACCCUCUUCGUUCCUCUGUCCUAAAGGUCCCAUGGCAUUAUUAAAAUCAAUAUAUUGUCCUCUCCCAUGUAUAGUCGCAUUCUUGUUUGGCCUCUAUUGCUCUUUUGUUUCACCUUUUUCCACCAUUGCAACAUUACAGACUGACCAUCAACGCCCAAGAUUCUGGCCUGCCUUCUAACACUGAC